UUUUAUUUUGCUAUAUAGUGAUGUUCACUUCCGCAUAGAGAAUGCCAGUUUGGAGAGGAUGCUGUAUCGCCGACGCUUGUAUUUGUAGCUACUUCACAUAAAAAUAAUAAUGGCUACUUAUUAUAUACAGAUUUGAAUGGAUGUGAAAUGUUUGCGUACGAUCGAGGCUCACUGUUAAGCGUAAUAAAGCAGUAGUGGACUGUCUGGGGUGGUCGUGGCCUGUUUUCGGUGCUGUUCUGCUGUAGAAGAGGGAAUCAGUGAUGUGGAGGGAAUCGGAUGGCUCUGGUGUCUUCACUGCUGUUCCUGCGAGCUGAAGAGAAAAACACAGCCGUGUCGCUGUAAUAUGUCAACAACAUCAUGAACCUGAAAAAGUCCAGAAAUGUCGGAGCCUCCUCCAUGUCUUUGGAUGGGAUUGGAAAACAAGAUGCUGACUCGAAGAGGAAGAGAAAGAUGGCUGAGAUCACACAGGCUCUGAACGCAACACCUGUCGACGUGGCCACGCUGAGGAGGAUGGCCAUCAGCGAAGGAGGGCUCAUGACCGAUGAGCUCCGCCGUAAAGUCUGGCCUCGGCUUCUGAACGUGCCCGUAGAGAACAUCCCUGAAGAACUUGAUGACGUGAAUAGAGAGAAUAAUAAGGACUACAACCAGGUGCUUUUGGAUGUGCAGAGAUCCCUGAGACGCUUUCCUCCAGGUAUGCCUGAUGAGCAGAGGAUGGGACUACAGGAAGAGCUGAUUGACAUCAUCCUGCGCGUGCUGCAGAAAAACCCCCAGCUGCACUAUUAUCAGGGUUAUCACGACAUCGUGGUGACCUUCCUGCUCGUACUGGGAGAACGCCUUGCCACAGCGCUGGUGGAGAAACUCUCCACACACCAUCUCAGGGACUUUAUGGACCCCACCAUGGACAACACAAAACACAUCCUUAACUACCUUAUGCCGAUCAUAGAGCGAGUCAACCCAGAGGUGUACGACUUCAUGCAACAAGCUGAGGUUGGCACCAUUUUCGCCCUGAGCUGGCUCAUCACCUGGUUUGGCCAUGUAUUAUCAGAUUUCCGGCACGUAGUGCGGUUGUACGAUUUCUUCUUGGCCUGCCAUCCACUGAUGCCAAUUUAUUUUGCCGCUGUGAUCGUUCUGUACCGCGAGGAGGAGGUGCUGGAUUGUGAAUGUGACAUGGCCAUGAUGCACCACCUGCUCUCUCAGAUCCCUCAAGACCUCCCCUAUGAGACCCUGAUCAGUCGAGCCGGAGACCUUUUUGUACAGUUCCCUCCAUCUGAGCUGGCCAAAGGAGCAACUCGGGAGCGAGCUCAGCAAACGGCCGUGUCCACCUUCACAGACUUUGAGCUGGCGUCAGCGCAGCAAAAGCCUGAAAACGUGCUUCGCCGCAGGCAGAGAGAGCAGAAGCAGAAGCAGCCCGGCAGCACCAUCGACCCUCAGCGUGGCACCGUGGCCGUGAUUCGACCUUCUGCUCGACGACUUGUCAGACUGGCAGUAAUGGGCAUCACCGUGGCACUGGGGGCCGCCGCAUGGGCUGUAGUGAACUCUGCUCUGGAAUGGGCACCUAAACUCGACCUCCUGUUCCCUUAACAUGCACAGACCAGACCUGUCUCUCAGGACUUGGGGAUGGGCCGUCUUCGUUUUCUUUUUUUUUAAUUUAUAUUUGUGAGGCCUAAAUAAUGUCACGCUAAGAGAGAUUACAACAAAGUGCCCCCACCCCCACCCCCACCCAGCUAAGGAGCAGGAACGUAUGAUGAUGACACUAUUGAGCCAUGAGAAGUGUUUGAGUUGUGAGAUCGAAACAGGAUACAUUUUUAUAAGAGCAGGUUAGCAUAAAUAUGAAGUUGAUUUGUUGUCAAAAGUAAUCGCAUGUACAUGCAGCCUCAAACUAGUAAUUUUAUGGAUUCUGAAUCCAUAGUGAAUUUUGGGAAUCUCUAAUUUGUCAAAGUUUGUAUGUUUCCUUAUCAUGUGAUAUUUAUUUCGUAAAGUACAAAGGCCUUAUACUUCACGCUUUAACUAAACACUUUCUGGACCCUUCCGCUUGCCCCACCUUUUUACCUUUCUCGACUCUUCCGCUUGCACCUUACUCCUUACCUUUCUGGACCCAUCCACAUUUCCACACCCUCAUCAGCUCACCAUGUGUCCUUACUGUCUUACCUUUUCUGACCCAUCCAUUUGGACUCACUCCCUCAUCUCUCAUUAACUGAUUACUUUACCCUUAGCUUCCUGACCACUUACCUUUUUGGGUCAUCCAUUCGGACAAACCGCAUUAGCUAUCUGAACCUUACUACUUGGCCACACCUCCUUACCCAUCUAUUUGGACCCAGCCCUCAACAAGUAGGAUUUCGAAACCAUUCUAAUCAUAUCCCUUUGCAGUAUAACCAAUGAUUCGGAAAUAUAGCAUUAAAGCUGUAGGUACCAUAAACUGUAAUUCAUAUUUGCAGCAUUAGUAUUGUAAGACUUAAGAUUUGUAUUAGGUGUAAAAGGUUUGUUCCUGCAAAACAGGUCAUUGGGUUACGCUCACUAAUCUGAUGGAUUUGAGAUUCAUAAGAUUACAGUGUAAACGUUGCAUUUACUCACAAUUAUUUUGAACUCUAUUUGAAAGUGUAGAAAGAUGCUGAACGGAUAUAUAUUCAUUAAGUGAUUCCCCUUUACAAUUAUAAUAAUAUCCUUUAGCAGUUAAUACAGCUCAUUAUUUUCAAUAUGCGCACUUUAACUGGAUAUGAAUCGACAGUUUUUAUACUCACUUUUGAGUACUCAAAAUACAAGAUCUAGGUAUAUUUAUGGUAUACCAUCAGAUUUGAUGAGCUUUGAGUAUCAUCCAGUGCCCUUUUGAAUAUCAUGCAAUGGCCGUUUUCUGUUUUAUUUAAUAACUACACACUCCUUUAACAGAUGUUGCCCCAUUUUCUGUAAAUGUUCCCUAAGCUAACGAUGAGCUGUGAAUAAAUAAUGGUCCUUUCAUAAAAAGGAGAAAAUCAUCACAUGCACUCAUUCCGUGUGCAACUGAGCAAUGUGUGAAAUUAGCUUCAGCAGUCUGGAUGUCUAAAACCAAUUCAUUAUUCUCCAAGUGAUCUUUCUUCGGAUGAUUUUUCCUCUUCCGUUUCGCGUUAAACUAAUUAAACAGCUCAAAUAUUUUAUGCAACAAUCUCUGUUAUGCACAAUUUCUGUUCCGUUACAGUGUAUUCUAAGUAAGUGGAGGCCUUAAUUAAUUCUGUAUUCAUGUGGAAACAGUGGGACUGAUUUAGUUACUUGAUGGGCAUGGUUAUUGAAGCUCCUGUAACGGUGCAUACAAAAUGUCUGUAUCCUCUAUUUUAGAUAUCAACACAGCAUAUCGUUGCCACUAAUCAUCACUUUAUAACUCGAGUCGGAA